AUGCGCUUGGAUAUUCGAAAAGCCAUCCAGAUCGCCGCCGGGGCAUGGCUCUACGCUCUUCUGUGGGCGCUGCCCCCCGUGUUUGGGUGGUCCUCCUACACCACAGAGGGGCCUGGGACCUGGUGCAGCGUCCUCUGGCAAUCCAGCGACCCCAUUGACGUCUCAUACAUCAUCACCCUGUUUUUCUUCUGUUUCUUCAUUCCGGUGGUCAUUAUGGUGGUCUGCUACUAUCAUUUGUACCGGGAGGUGAGACGCAUGGCCAGACAGACGUCUAUUGAGCAGGAUUCUUCUGCUGGUAGAGAGAACAUACGUAGGGAGAAGAAAGUGGCCAAAAUGACCAUCGUAGUUUGGGCAGCGUUUCUGAUCGCCUGGACGCCAUACGCCACCGUUGCCUUAAUAUCAACAUUUGGCGACGCCAGCAGUAUCAGCUACAUGGCAGCCGCUUUACCGUCGGUGAUGGCUAAAUCCGCCACAGUGUAUAAUCCUUUUAUCUACGUAGCGAUGAACGAGCGGUUUCGUCGAGCAGCAGUGAACCAAGUCCCAUGUCUCAAACUGUUAAUAAAGAUCGACGAAGACGAGGGUGUGGCAGAGCAAUCGGACAACACUACUGUGACGCAUGCCGCCCCUGCUGUACAGUUUACAUCUUCAAAGAGGUCACCUCCCAUCCAGGCCAUAGCGUCUCCGUACAGGGUAGACACAGCUUCGAGUUUAAAAACAGAAACAGAAACAAAAGCUUCAACACACGGAACGGCACAGGUUACAAAUAUUGACGUCAUGGAAAUACCAUAUGACCACACGCGUGCUUCUACGUCACGCGCACACCCACUUUGA